GGUGCAGAAAACAUGGGGCUCACAGUCCUGCGCACAGGACAGAGAAACUCUCAAGUCUGAGGAGAGGAUAUCACAGCAGUUUGAGACACAUAGAAUACAGGGGAUUCUGCAGAUCCUGUUUUUAAAGAUCACUCCCUAAUUUCUACCAUUUAAGACAAGCAUGAAUACUGCAAUCCAGUGCAUCAUCCUCCUGGCCUGCGCCAUCACCUGCAGUUCAACAACUAUCAUCGACUGCCAGUGUUUAAAAACAAGCAAGUCUGUAAAGCUCUCUCUCAUCCUCGAUGUUGUUGUGUUCAAUCCUCGUCCACAUUGCAGCAAGAAAGAAGUCAUUGUCAAAUAUAAAAACAAGACCUCAGAGUGUCUUCAACCCGACACAAAAUACGCCAACGCAAUCCUGCGAACAAUACAGAAGCAGAAGGCAGACCUUGCUGCUAAGAUGAACGCCACCAGCCUCAAGAUGAGCACAGAGCCAGCCACAGUGUCGGAGACAGUGUCAGCCACAGCGUCAGCCAUAAUAAUGGCAACAGCAUCAUAAUGCAAACAUGUUUAUCAUCCUUACAGUUAAACCAAGGUAUCCAUCUUGUACACCUUUCCAAAGUAACAGUGGGGUUGUUGUAGUUCGUGUUUGUUUCUGCAAAAUCAAACACGAGUGCUACAGCACCAAAACAAGUAAAACUGUUUCACUUUGAGCUUUGCACACUGGCAGCUAGAAGAUGUAAUAGUGUGAAAUGGUUAAUACUCCAUCAGAUGUAACUGAGCAUUGGCACAUUUGGGAGACAGUUUGUAAAGCCAUAGAGGUGUCCGUACGCAGAAUAUUCAUGUGGGCAAACAACGUGCAUGUAAACUACGAGGUGUGAAUUAUGUGCAGUGAUGAGACAGCCGUACGGUGAAUGAUAUCGUAUACAUCCACACUACUGUGCUCUUAUUACAUCCUGUAGCAAAUAACAUUCUGUUUGUGAUGUCAUUCAAGGUGGCACAUUAAUAAUGUGAAGGUCAGUAAUGACUAUAAAUGUGAUGGUAAAUGUGAACUGUGUUUCUGUCUGUGGCUAAUAUGUUAAAGCAUCAUUUGUUCAUCAUUUAAAUGAUUCUAUGUAUGUACGCAUCACGCUGUAUGUGAGCCGUGUUUGUUUUUUGUGGGGUGAAAUCAUGAUGUACAACUCCGAUUCUUGACGUGUGACACUGUUGACAGAAAACGGCAAAACCAAUAAAUGUGGGGGUUGUAAAAUCACA